UUCAGGGUGACAUUAGUAAAAUUCGCCAUAUUCAAGAACACCUUAUCAAGCAAGUGCUUCCGCUUGGUUUGCAAAGAAACGUUCACUUACCCGUGAAGAAAAGGUAGAUCAUCAUCUGAAAAAGUAGAACGCAAACGAGUAUUCGUGUCAAUCAAUUCAGUCAAGGCGUAUAAUUUAUCGGACAACCAUGAAAGCCUCUUAUUGCAUGAUCUUGGGGGUAGUCUUCGCCUUUGGGGCCCAAACCAUCCAGGCUAACCCAAGACCACAAGGCUUUUUCUUCCCAGAAUCCAUUGACGAGACCGAAACUAAUGGGACUGUGACUCCCGAACCAAAUAACGAAUCAAGUACUGAAGCCAUACAGUCUGGCAUCGUUUUCGGAGGCGGAGAUGAAGAUGAGAAGGAGGAGACUGUGGAUAAAAAAGGCUUGACAAGAUUCACCCAACCAAAUGAAGCCAACCAAACCAAGAGCGAUGAUGAAGAUCAAGAGGAACAACCAGUCACUGUGUCAAAUGAUCCCGAAGAAAAGUCAUCCGAAGUAUCCGAACCCGGGCCAGAGGUUCCAGAAGACGUUGCCGAUUCUUGCUCUCCAUUUGAACUCCCUGGAUUUAACAAGACGACUCAAGAAUGGAGCUGCUUCUCCAUCACCACUCAAGGGCCUUGUGCGGAUUCGGAGUGGUUCAUCCUGGAUAAGAAUUUUUCGGAUUACCCCAAAGGCAUUUGUGUGGAGCGCCCUUGCGCCGAAGGCCAGGUCUUGUACCAAGACACCUGCGAGGCUGUUUCAUCCUUGGCCGACUGUCCCUUUAACAUGGAAAUUCUGCCCAAUCCUUUCGGAGAAGGUGAAUGCGAUUGCUUUGAAGGGCUGGCGGCUGUCUUGAACGAGACUCUCGAAGAGUUCUCUUGCUAUCCCGAGUUUUCCCCCGAACCUUGCUCCAAACCGGACCAACAACUUCUGAAGGUCAACGGUUCUGCCGGAUCCUUCGAGUGCCAAGACACGCCUUGCCAAAGCGGUGAGCGACUGUUUCAAGAGGAGUGCCUGGCUGAGAUUGAUUGCAAAUCCACGGACAACGUCGACGAGAAGAUCAUAUCGACCUUUUGUAACUUUGGGAUCCGCCAACUUCUGACUUUGCCCGAAAAGUGCGACGGGAACAAGGCCCGAGACUACCAAGGCAAUUGUAAGGAGGAAUUCAGCUUUGGUAAAAGAGCCAGUCGCCCUCGGAGAUUGGCAAACCAACGUUUUAGACGCAGCGCUUUCGCCAACUUCUAUUAGCCAUUCAUAUUGGUCAAUCUAAAUUUUGAGGAAUCGAAUAAAGAACCAUGAAGCCUGA